UAUGGAGCAGUUCAUGACCGCUAUAUCAUACUUUAGACUCUGUAUCAAAUAAGCUAAGUUGUGAACAGUUAGGUUAUUCAUGGCACCCCGCCAGGCUAGGUCUGUUCUACAAGUCCAACCCUCCGUUGUCUGUCUUGAAGGAGAGUUGCAGUACUCAGACUUCUUAGCAGCCAGGAAGCCCCUUUGUGCCCCUGAGACCAGAGAGAUCAGAGAGCACGGUUUAGGUCCAAAGCAAAGCACCAGACCACUCUUCCUUAAGCAUCCCUCAAGCUUUUGUUUCUUUCUGUUGCUUGACAUCUUCCCCUACUUCCUUCCCCAUCUCGUCUUCCUUCCAGCCCUAUAAGCAGUACAAUACUCUGAAUGCUGACACCACCCGAAACCUCAUGAUUUGCUUCCUGUGGAUCAUGAAAAAUGCCGAUCAGAGCCUCAUUAGAAAAUGGAUUGCUGACCUGCCAUCAAUGCAAUUAAAUCGAAUUUUAGACCUGCUUUUCAUCUGUGUCUCCUGUUUUGAGUACAAGGGAAAACCAAGUUCUGACAAGGUCAGCACUCAAGUCCUGCAGAAGUCAAGGGAUGUCAAGGCCAGGCUGGAAGAGGCUCUACUCCGUGGGGAAGGGGCUAGAGGGGAGAUGAUGCGCCGCUGCAGGGCUCCAGGGAAUGACCGAUUUCCAGGCCUAAAUGAAAAUCUGAGAUGGAGGAAAGAGCAGACACAUUGGCGGCAAGCUAAUGAGAAGCUAGAUAAGUGAGUCACUCAGCAUCUUUGU